UCAUCGAAUGGGGAAAAUGAAGUUAAGCAUGUUGAAUGGACUUCCCAGAUAUAUUGGGUCUUAUCGAGUCUGCAAAGUCGGGUGAUCCAGAAACCAAGGUUGUAACAAGUUCAAACCGGUCACAACCCAUUCAUGUGUCUCCUGAUUUCUUCUUGACAGAAGAAAUUCGGAAGUAUAUUAGGAUAAAACCAAAUCGGUUGGGAAAGGAAAACUUCAUGGGAGCAAAUGGGACAUUUACAAGUAUAGGCCAUGCUUGUUUUUCAAUGAAGCAAGAACUUGAAGAAUACAUGAAUUAUGAUGUGGGUGAGAUAUGCAAUGAUGAUUGGAAGCUGGCUCAACGCUUAAUGGUUCAUGGAUGUGACCCAUUACCCAGAAGACGCUGCCUUUCACUAGCCCCAAAGUUCUACACAGAACCGUUACCUAUCCCUCAGUCAAUCUGGAACCUUCCGGAUGAUAAAAACGUCCGAUGGAGUCAAUACAGAUGCAAAAACUUCGCUUGUCUUGCAGCCAACAAAACAGGCAAAGGUUUCUACAAGUGCUCAGAUUGUUUCAAUUUAACCCAUCAUGAACGCCCGAGAUGGGUCGUACCCAGCUACCCAGAUCCGGCCUCUAACUCAACGCCUGAUUUCUUAAUCGCUGACAUUCUCGAUUUGAAGCCUGGUGAGAUACGUAUCGGGUUGGACUAUAGUGUCGGGACGGCUACAUUUGCUGCUAGAAUGAGAGAGCAUAAUGUGACUGUUGUCUCGGCUACUUUGAAUCUCGGAGCACCUUUUAGUGAAAUGAUUGCGCUUCGGGGAUUUAUACCUAUCUACAUGACGAUAAAUCAACGGCUUCCAUUUUUCGAUAACACGUUGGAUAUAAUCCACACGACGAGGUUUCUCGACGGGUGGAUUGACUUUGUGCUUUUAGAUUUCAUACUUUAUGAUUGGGACAGGGUACUUAGGCCCGGAGGGUUGUUAUGGAUUGAUAGUUUCUUUUGUUUAAAGGAGGAUUUGGAUGACUACUUGGAGGGUUUUAAGAUGUUACGGUACAAAAAGCAUAAAUGGGUAGUUGUACCAAAGGUUGAUAAAGAUGAUGAUAGAGAGGUCUUCUUUUCUGCUGUUAUGGAAAAACCCCCUAGGCCCUUUUAGUGACAGAUGCACAAUGAACAAGUUUUAUGGCAAUUUACAAGGUAUAGUAGAUGUUUUCAGAAUGUCCAUUAAUCAUUUAAUCCAUGUGUUUAGGUACAGUUCCUAUUGUAAUUGAUUAUAUAAUUUGUACUUGUGUAUUACAUUUACUAUUACUAAUAACAGAGUUGGUUUCAUA